AUGCCCCCCCGCAAAACUCUUCAAACUACUGGUGGUGGGGUUGCUCCUGGCCGAGGUCGUGGUGGCCGUGGUGGUCGUGGUGGCCGUGGUGGCCGUGGUGGCCGUGGUGGCAGAUCUAUUGGCCGCAGUGGUGGUGGCAGCGGAAACAACAAUCAUGUGCAGAGACUGAGGGUACCAACUCCUGAUCCCAUGUGGAUGGCCUUCUGGGAAUAUCAUAAUACAUGGGAGCGCUAUCAUGGUCCAGUUGAAAGGCCCAGUUAUGCCAAUCUGUUGCUCCGCACCAUGAGUUUGCCAGCUCUCAUUUCUGGCUUCACUGAUGAAGAUGCAAUGCUACCAAUGAGCCAUGCGCACAUCCAACAACUUCACAGCAGACUCCUGGACAAAGAUGAUUGGAACUGGAAGAUGCCCAAAGUCCUCUUGAAUCGAAUAACGGAUUCAGAGAGCAGAUUGGUUGGAGCCAUGUUUGGUACUACCAAGAGCGGCUGGAAUGCAUUGAUAGAAAAGCAUCUAAAGAAUGAAUCCUUUGUUCUAGUGCACCAAAACAAGUCUGUCAGGGUUGUUUCGGCUGAUCAAUGGGGAGAAGACUUUGGAAUCGGACACAACAUUGGCCGGGUCGUUUGGGUUCUAAAUAAAAAACUCAACAAGCCACAGGCUGUUCAGAAAACUGUCAAGAUAAUUAGGACAAGGGCAAAAUCUCAGAAGGCUGCCCGCCGUCUCAUUGAUGAGUUGGUUGCGGAGCACCGGGAGGCGAUUGGCUUGGACAUACUGCGUAGGCUUGGCUUUUCCCUUGAUGGUGAUGGCUGGUUCAAGGAUGCAGAAAAAGGAUUGACGGCACUUCUGAAAGCUGCAGCUCAUCUUGCGAACAGGCAGAAAGACUACAAGACCCCUCGUCAUGGAUUCAACAGCCUUGUCGAAUGGUACAACAAAAUCCCCGUCAGUAACCAGUACCGACUUAAAACCUUUUCCUUCAUCCAAGAUCUUGUGAUGCCGGAGACCACAGCGGAAGCUCAGGUUCGCCAGAAUGAGGAGCAAGCAGCUGCGAGGAAGGCAGAGAGGACCAGGAAGAGAGCAGCAAAGGAGGCGGCAGCAAAGGCAAAACAGGUCGCACAGGCAGCGCAACCUGGAAAACGCAAGCGUGCUGAUCAUGACAACAUGUCUGAGUCAGAAGAAGAGGAGUUCGAUUUGGCUGCAAUCAAUGACUCUGAUGGUGAAGAUGCCACAGCCAAUGCAGCAACCACAACCACCACGGUACGAGCCACUGUUGUCACUCCUGCAGCCGGGUCCAUGGCAAAGUCCGCAACGGCCACAGCUCCAGCCGCAGCUCCAGCCGCAGCUCCAGCCGCAGCUCCAGCCGCAGCUCCAGCCGCAGCUCCAGCCGCAGCUCCAGCCGCAGCUCCAGCCGCAGCUCCAGCCGCAGCUCCAGCCGCAGCUCCAGCCACAGCUCCAGCCACAGCUCCAGCCACAGCUCCAGCCACAGCUCCAGCCACCACCGCUGUGGCAGCUCCAGCCACCACUGGUACGGCCGCCGCUGCGAGAGUCACCCCAGGCAAACCACAACCAAAGACCCAUGUGGACUUUGCCAACAUCGAUAUUGUUGAUCUCACUGCAACGGAAGAGCAGAUUAGUGCUACAGCCAAAAAACAUGCAGAUGCCAUCUGCAAACGACCCCCCUUUGCAGGACCCAAUCCCAAAGCUCCGGGUUCUACAAGAUAUGUCAAACCUGCUGACGAUGCUUGGAUUGCUGCCCACACAUACAAAUUUCAAUUGGCUCAGCAACUGGCAACCGAGUUGGCUGUGAAAUAUGGCAUCCAAGCAGGUGUCAAAAAGAUGAAAGUGAAUUUGAGGGGUGAGCGUGCUGAAGCAGGUGCCCGGAAGCUUGGGUUUCUCCCUAAACGGGCACAACCAGGGGCGGCGCCUUUGAAAAUCGAACAUAUCAACAACAGCGUCAGCGUGUGGUUGCAUGAGUUGCAGCAAUCUUCCUUUGUGCCAACCAUGGCCUUCUUAGAGUCGGUGCUAGGACCAAACUGUGUGGGAGUAGAGCCGCUGGAACAGAACUGCAAAAAGGCACUCUCUGCUGUCAAAUACCGUGGAUAUGACAGUGAUGCCAAGAAGGUCCUUCAUGUCAUUAUCGAGGAAGUGACAGAGCAGGUUUAA